UAUUCUUCGACUCCCGACAGACCUCUCGCCAUCCUAAUUAUAACCUGAGUCAACUACAGUGUUUUUUUUUCGAUCGAGUAAAUCGAAGGUUAAGUUCACGUCGAAGCGGCCUCAUACGUUUCCUCCAAGAUGACGGAGAACAUAUCAGGUAUUCCUGUAGUGGACUUCAGUGCAAUGAGUCUGACGCACAAGGAUCCCUUGAAGGAAAAUGCUGAAGCUGUUAAACAACUCGCUGAUCAAGUUUAUCAGGCUUUUAGUACAAUUGGAUUCGUGUAUCUCAAGAACCAUGGAAUUCCACAAGAAGUGAUUGAUUUUACUUUUGAGACAUACGACAAAUUUUUCAACCUAAGUCUUGACGUGAAGCAGAAGUACACCAAGAAAACUGGCACAACUAAAAAUGGCUGGGAUGAACUUGAAAGAGAAAGCACUAAUAUACAGAGACCGGGAGAUCUGAAGGAGUCAUUUGACGUGUCCAUACUCGAUGAUGACGAUUUUGAAUGGCCUAAUGCAGAAGUACCAGACUUCCAGAACACAGUGAAAACUAUUUUUAAGUACGUCACUGACCUUGGUUCAAGGAUGCUCUCUGUCAUGGCUAUUGGUCUGCAAAUGGAUCCCGACACAUUUGAACGUGCCUUUGAAAAGAGAGGUACGUCAGAAGGUGGUGCUCAGUUAAGGUAUACUUACUACCCAAUGAUAACAGAUCCCAGUCAAAUCAAGCCAGGCCAGAUACGCUGUGGGGAACAUACAGAUUAUGGAGGAAUUACACUGCUGAUUCAAGAUGAUGUUGGUGGACUUGAGGUUACUAACGUAAAUGGACAAUUUGUACCUGCACUACCCAUGAAAGGAACAGUAUUGGUGAACAUUGAUGACUUGAUGCAGCGAUGGACCGCUGAUACAUACAAAUCUGUGGUUCACCGUGUGCUUAUUCCCGAAGAACAACUCAAACGCCGCGUACCUCGCCGCUCUCUGGUGUUAUUUUAUCACCCGGAUGACGACACAAUGAUCACAUGUCUGGACGGCUCUAACAAAUAUCCACCAAUCAGAGCAAGGGAUUGGAUUUAUCACAAAAUCCAGUCCACUUACAAGUUUUGAAUCAUAAGUGUCAAGAAAGAAUUAACAUGGCGCGAAUUUCUGGCUAUGCCGGCCCUAUGGUAGCAAGUAAUAUAGAUUUUGUUUAGAUCUUGUCUUUUGAUCUAUUUUAUCGUUCUAAAAAUGGCUCAAAGAUUUUUAGGGCAAAAAUUUUGCCUGGUCAUAUAGUUAUAACAACGCAUUCCUUGAUUGUAUAGAUCAUAUAAUAACAAAGGCAUUUAGAACGCACAGAGGGCUACGGGAAACUGUAAAUAGACCUUUCUCGCAUUCCACUUCAGUGCGUUCGAGCAAUAGCACCAGAGUGAGGUUGGGGUGGACAUUUUCAUACAUUUGCUGUUUUUUUGUCCACCCUGACCUCGACUCGGCGCCAUUGUUUGUUGGAAUUCAGGAAAGGUCUAUUGUGUGUUUUACUCACUUGAAAAGCUCCCAGCCCCCAAGGGGGAGGAGAUCAACGCUGCAAAUGUAGAACUUGAAUACAACAAAUAAAGGCAACUGUUAAUUACCUUU